UGCUGCUCUUUCUCUCCCUCUCUCAUUUUCUUUCCCUCUCACUCUCUCUUCCUGUCCUGUCUGUUUAAGGAGAGAAAGACUGGGAAAUUCCUUCAAGCUACUUUACUUCAGGUUUCUGUGGGAUUUAAACAUGCACACUGAGGUUUUGGUACAGUCCAUGUUAGUGCCGUUGUUUCUGAUUCUGCUCUCUUCCGUGGAGGACACUUUGUUACAAUCGGUGAGCCAGGUGGGUGGUGUGUGUAAACUAUCCACAGAGUCAUCCCUGCGCCGCUGCCGGACACUUGAUGGCAAGAUCUGCAGUGGGAGGGGCAAGUGUGACUGCGGCAUCUGCAUCUGCCAGGCCCCAGAUCCAGGGAAAUUCUAUGGGCCAAGCUGCGAGUGCCACGACUGGGUCUGUGCCACACACAAUGGGAAAAUUUGUAACGACCGCGGCUACUGUGACUGUGGGAUGUGCGAGUGUGAUGAAGGCUGGUUCGGAGAUGCCUGCCAGUUCCAGGAGGAGUGUAACCUACCCAACAAGAAAAGCAAAGAGCUCUGCAAAAACCCGCAGGGGGUGGUCUGCUCCAACAGAGGCACUUGCCACUGUGGCAGCUGCAUGUGUGACAAUAAGGACAACAGGGGUCUGGUGACGGGACGUUUUUGUGAGUGUGACGACAGCGAGUGUCUUGAUGAGGACACCGGAGAGGUGUGUGGAGGCCAUGGCCAGUGUUACUGUGGAAACUGUUACUGUGCUGCUGGUUGGCAUGGAGACAAAUGUGAAUUCCAGUGUGACAUCAGCCCAUGGGAAAGCAAGCGGAGAUGCACAUCUCCAGAUGGCAAAAUCUGCAGCAACAGAGGGACCUGUGUGUGUGGGGAGUGUAACUGUUAUGAUGUAGAUCCCUCUGGCGACUGGGGAGACAUUCACGGAGACACCUGUGAGUGCGAUGAGAGGAACUGUCAUGCGACCUACGACCGAUAUACAGACGACUUCUGCUCAGGUCAUGGCCAGUGUAAUUGUGGCAGGUGUGACUGCAAGGAGGGAUGGGCUGGAAAGAAGUGUGAGCAUCCUCUGUCCUGCUCCUUGUCUCUGGAGAGCAGUCUCAAGAAGUGUCGGGGAACAUCCAAUUUGCCCUGCUUCGGACGAGGUCAGUGCCAGUGUGGACAGUGUUCUUGCCACCCACCUGGGGAUAGUCGGGUUCAUGGCAAAAACUGUGAGUGUGACGACCGUCAGUGCGAGGACAUCGGUGGAGAGGUCUGUGGAGGUCACGGUUACUGUUCAUGUGGACGUUGCAUCUGCGAGGAGGGCUGGUUCGGGAAGCUGUGCCAGUUCCCCAGGUCUUGUGACAUGAGUGACGCCCAGAGCAAGGAGCUUUGUGAGACAUCUGAUGGAGUCAUGUGCAGUGGAAAAGGUUCCUGUCACUGUGGCCAGUGUAUCUGCUCUCCCCAAGACUGGUGGGUGUCUGGAGAGUACUGUGAGUGUGAUGACCGAGAGUGUGACAAACAUGACGGCCUCAUCUGCACAGGGAAUGGGUUGUGCAAUUGCGGCAACUGUGAGUGCUGGGACGGCUGGACGGGGAACGCUUGUGAAAUCUGGGUGGGAACAGAGUACUGAGGGCAACAGGACACUGGUGUUAGAGACAGAGGCCUGGCUGCCCGGAGCGACCAGGAGUACCACCGAUUGGUCACAACCAGGCUGGUAAAACACCACAGCCUGAAAAUCACAGGAGGAGGAGAGAAAAAGAGAAGCCAAAACUAAACAUGGACGUAAUUCUGCAUAUCUCUAACAACGUUCAUUCUUUUAUUGUACUGGUUACAAAUGAUCUUUAUAAAACUGGGUUUUGUAGGUGAAAAAUAAUGAUCUGUUUAAAACAUAGUACAAUGUAAACGUUCAUAUGUUUCCAAAACA